UAGAAUAUAAACCACACUACACGGAAUUAAGUUGUAGAUAUAGUAUACCAUGCCAUUCUUACAUGAGAGGAUCCUUAUUAUGCAAGUCUCCUUGGUAAUGGCGGCGGCGGCGGCGGCUACUGCAGCUCAAUUAACUCUACUAAACUGGCAGGACAAGUGCGGAGAUAUCACAAUUCCAUACCCAUUUGGCGUUACUGAAAAGUGUUCCAUGGGACUUGAGUUUUUCAUCAGUUGUGCGGCUAACGGAACAGCAUUCUUGGGCACAACAAACACUCAUGUUACCAACAUAUCCGUGGAUCUCGAUGAGAUCCAAGUACAGCAGUACAGGGCCUAUGACUGCUACGACGAGCUGGGCAACAAUACCUACAACAUCCCGAAGUUCCGGGUGGAUCCUCCUUACACCAUCUCCGGUACCAAAAACAAGUUCAUGGCCGUUGGUUGCGAUACUUAUGCGACUUUUAGAGGCUACCGUGCAAACCAAGAAAGAUUCAUCACCGGUUGCAUGUCCUUGUGUGACAGCCUCAACAGUGUUGAGCAAGACUCUUGUUCUGGCAUCGGGUGUUGCCAAACUUCCAUCCCCGACGGUCUUAAAAAUCAUACUGUGACGUUGAGAAGCUAUUACAAUCAUACGUAUGUUAGGAGCUUUAACCCCUGCAGCUACGCCUUUGUUGUGCAAGAAGGCCACUUCAGAUUCUCCAAUACAAGUUUUCAACAACUCUCCUCCACAGUGCGGCUUCCAAUGAUCCUUAACUGGGAAAUUGGAAAAGAGCCAUGCGAUGCAGCUCAAGAGGCGACCCAGAAUUCUUUAUGCAAGGCACAUAGCAAGUGUGUCAACCCCAAUAAUCGCUCUACAGGUUACAUUUGCAAGUGCUUGCCAGGUUAUGAAGGGAACCCUUACCACCCCAAUGGUUGCCAAGGUGUCAGCGCAGGGUUAUUGAUUUUACUGGGGGCAAUUUCAUGGUUAUAUUGCUGUCUGCAAAGAAGAAAGUUCAUCAAACUCAAAGAAAAAUACUUUAAAGAAAGUGGUGGUUUAUUGUUAGAACAACACCUUGCUAGCCAAGGAGGCUCUAUGGAGACAACCAGGAUCUUUACUGCAGAAGCACUUGAAAAGGCCACAAACAAUUACCAUGAAAGUAGAGUCCUUGGCGAAGGAGGCUAUGGAACUGUUUACAAAGGAAUAUUACCAGAUAACAAAGUGGUUGCCAUAAAGAAGUCCAAAAUUGGUGCCUCAACCCAGAAGGAGCAGUUUGUUAAUGAGAUGAUUGUUCUUUCUCAAAUCAACCAUAGAAAUGUGGUGAGGCUAUGGGGUUGCUGUUUAGAGACACCAGUUCCGUUACUAGUUUACGAGUUCGUCACCAAUGGCACUCUUUUCGAGCACAUUCAUAAUAUAAGGGACAAAAGAUCAUCACUUCCAUGGGACUUACGAAUGAAGAUAGCAACAGAAACUUCAGGAGCACUAGCAUACUUACACUCCUCAACUUCCAUGCCAAUCAUACACCGGGAUGUCAAAACAACGAACAUACUGUUAGAUGAAAAUUACAGAGCAAAAGUGUCAUUGAAAAUGAUGCGAGUAUUGCUUGUAAUAUUAAUAUUCUUAGGGGCUGCAAUUACAACAGCAGCAGCUCAAGCUUUGCCUCAAGCCCUGCCUGGCUGCCAAGACAAGUGUGGCAAUUUAACAGUCCCAUACCCAUUUGGCAUAACUGAUGGUUGUCAAAAGGAAGGCUUUCCUUUCUUCACUUGUAACACGUCCACCCAACCCCCAAACCUGCUCUGGGACGGAGAUUCCAUUGUCUCCAACUUUUCCCUUGCUGAAGGCGAGAUGCAAUGGCAGCAAUACAUAUCCCAAGAUUGUUACGAUAAGCAGGGUUUUAAGACCUUCAACAACAACCCUUGGGUCGAGCUGCCAUCUCCUUUCACCGUCUCCAAUACCAAAAACAAGUUCAUUGCCGUUGGUUGCGACACCUACGCAUUUUUCACAGGCUACCGAGGAGAUGACCAGCUCAUAACUGGUUGCCUUACCUUAUGUGACACCCUUGACAGCGUUGAUCAGGAAUCUUGCUCUGGCGUUGGGUGUUGCCAAACCAACAUCCCCAUUGGGCUGAAAAAUACUACUUUGACGUUGGACAGCUACUACAACCAUACAGAUGUAUGGAGCUUUAACCCCUGCAGCUAUGCCUUCUUUGUGGAAGAAGGCCACUUCUCGUUCUCCAACAAAAGUUUUGACGAGCUGAAAAACAAAGACACGCUUCCAGUGAUUCUUAAUUGGGCAAUUGGGGAUGAAGAAGACCCAUGUGAUGAAGCUCAAAAGAGGCAGGAUUUUGUAUGCAAGGGAAAUAGCACAUGUGUCAACCCCAUCAAUCGCUCUGGUUACAUUUGCCGCUGCUUGCAAGGUUACCAAGGGAACCCCUACCACCCAGAUGGUUGCCAAGAUAUUGACGAGUGUAAAGCUGCAAUUAAUCCCUGUAACAAUGGAGACUGCGUGAAUUUACAUGGAAAUUACACUUGUUUAUGUCACAAAGGGUACAAAAUGGACAGCAUCAAUGGAACGACGACUUGCGUGAAAUACAAUCCUUCAUCGAAGAACAUGACCCUGAAAAUUUCAUUAGGUGUCAGCACAGGGUUAUUGAUUUUACUGGGGGCAAUUUCAUGGUUAUAUUGCUGUCUGCAAAGAAGAAAGUUCAUCAAACUCAAAGAAAAAUACUUUAAAGAAAAUGGUGGUUUAUUGUUAGAACAACACCUUGCUAGCCAAGGAAUAGAGACAACCAGGAUCUUUACUGCAGAAGCACUUGAAAAGGCCACAAACAAUUACCAUGAAAGUAAAGUCCUUGGCGAAGGAGGCUAUGGAACUGUUUACAAAGGAAUAUUACCAGAUAACAAAGUGGUUGCCAUAAAGAAGUCCAAAAUUGGUGCCUCAACCCAGAAGGAGCAGUUUGUUAAUGAGAUGAUUGUUCUUUCUCAAAUCAACCAUAGAAAUGUGGUGAGGCUAUUGGGUUGCUGUUUAGAGACACCGACUCCUUUACUAGUUUACGAGUUCGUCACCAAUGGCACUCUUUUCGAGCACAUUCAUAAUAUAAGGGACAAAAGAUCAUCACUUCCAUGGGACUUACGAAUGAAGAUAGCAACAGAAACUUCAGGAGCACUAGCAUACUUACACUCCUCCACUUCCAUGCCAAUCAUACACCGGGAUGUCAAAACAACGAACAUACUGUUAGAUGAAAAUUACACAGCAAAAGUGUCAGACUUUGGAGCUUCAAAGUUGAUUCCUGUGGAUGAAACUCAACUAACAACUUUAGUGCAGGGGACACUCGGAUACUUAGACCCUGAAUACUUCCUUUCAAAUCAACUUACGGAUAAGAGUGAUGUUUAUAGCUUUGGAGUUGUCCUAGCAGAGCUACUAACAAGUAGAGUAGCACUUUGUUUUGACAGGCCUGAGGCAGAGAGAAACCUAGCAAGCUUCUUUGUUUGUUCAGUGGAGGAAGAUCGCUUGACUCAAAUUCUUGACGAUGACAUAGUCAACGAUGAAAAUAUUGAGACUCUGAAACAUGUGGCCAUUCUCGCGAAAAGAUGCUUGAGGUUACAAGGGGAGGAAAGGCCUACAAUGAAAGAGGUAGCCUUGGAGCUAGAAGGCAUGAGAAUUAUGGCAAAGCAUCCAUGGGGGAAAGCUGAUUGUCCAGAAGAGACUGAGCACUUGCUUGGUUCACGCAAGUCAGAUGCUUAUCGUGUGGAUGUUACGGCAGCAGAUUGUGGUCAUCCUAGUGGUACAAGCAGUGGAUAUGACAGCAUGCAAAUCCAGACGUUAAUGGCAUAUGGUGAUGGGCGCUAAUCGAUUGCUAGGGUCUAGUUGCGAUGUAUGCUAGAAAUAAACCAAUAUGUUGUUCUUUGUUGGUCUUAUUGGUUAUGUUAUGAAUUCAAGAUGUGUUUUCUGCCAGUGA